AGGCGCGCGCGGCGCGUGCGCGGUGGCGGGGCGGCGGCGAUGAAGGUGGCGGUCGCGGGGUGCUGCCAUGGCGCCCUGGACAAGAUGUACGAGACACUGGAGCUGCUGCAGCGGCGGCACAACGUGCGGCCCGACCUCCUGCUCUGUUGCGGCGACUUCCAGGCCGUGCGCAACGAGGCCGACCUGCACUGCAUGGCCGUGCCCGCCAAGUACCGCCAUAUGCAGACCUUCUACCGGUACUACUCCGGCGAGAAGAAGGCCCCGGUCCUCACGGUGUUCAUUGGUGGGAACCACGAGGCAUCCAACCACUUGCAGGAGCUGCCCUACGGCGGGUGGGUGGCGCCCAACAUCUACUACCUCGGUUACGCGGGUGUUGUGCGGUAUCGCGGAGUAAGGAUUGGCGGCAUCUCUGGCAUCUUCAAGUCACACGACUACCGGAAAGGCCACUUUGAGUGUCCACCAUAUAACCAGCAAACAAUCAGAAGUGCUUACCAUGUGAGGAAUAUUGAAGUCUUCAAACUCAAGCAGCUAAAGCGUCCAAUUGAUAUAUUUAUGUCACAUGAUUGGCCAAGGAGCAUCUAUCACUAUGGGAACAAGAAACAGCUUCUUAAAAUGAAAUCUUUCUUCCGACAAGAAGUGGAGAACAACACGUUAGGAAGCCCUGCUGCCUCAGAGCUUCUGCAGCAUCUGAAACCCACCUACUGGUUCUCAGCACACCUUCAUGUUAAAUUUGCAGCUUUCAUGCAACACCAGACAAACUCCAAAGAAGAGCUACCAAAAGCAACAAAGUUUUUGGCUCUGGAUAAAUGUCUGCCACACAGAGACUUUCUGCAGAUAAUAGAUGUAGAACAUGAUCCUAGUGCAGGUGAUUCGCUGGAGUAUGAUGCUGAGUGGAUUGCAGUCCUCAAGGCCACCAACAAUCUUGGUAAUGUGACUCAGAGCUCAUGGAAUAUGCCUGAAAAGAAUGGCCUCCAUGGAAAGUGGGACUACAGUGCAUCAGAAGAAGCCAUCAAAGAGGUGUUAGAAGAGAUGAAUCAUAACCUCAACAUUCCUUGUAACUUCACAUUGACAGCUGCUUGUUAUGAUCCCAGCAAGCCCCAAAAACAUGUGGAACCAGUUCAUACCAUCAAUCCACAGACCACUGAGUUUUGUGCCCGGUUUGGUCUCACUGACAUCAAUGACAGGAUCCAGCAAGCUAAAGAUGAGUGCUCAGUACGAGGUGAAUAUGAAGAAGAGGAGGAGGAAGAGGAGAUGGACAGUACUGGGUCAGCAGAGGAACCCAGUGAAUAUAGUACAGAUAAUUCUGGACUUUCAUCCAUUAAUCCAGAUGAAAUAAUGCUGGAUGAAGAAGGUGGUGAUGAAGACUUAAGUACAUGUUCUGUUGAUCCUUCUCCUGACCAUCCUCCUGACUUCUCUGCAAGUUUUUCUGACAUUCGGGUCAUGCCAGACUCCAUGGCGGUAUCAUCUGAUGAUGCUAUGGACUCCACUAAUGAGGAACUGGAGAAAUCUGGUGUGAGUAAGCAGGUGGAAGAGAAGAGCUUAAGUGAGAGACCAUUAAAGCGCAUUUGUGGUAGUGAAAAUGGGAACACUGGCAUUAAAAAAAUUAAGAGAAGGAAUCAAGCUAUCUAUGCUGCAGAGGAUGAAGAUAAAACAGAAUAAUACUUCAUAUGAUGUGUAACUAAGUUCUCACCCUGCCUUUUUAUGGGAAGAUGGCAAGAACUGUUGUGGAUUACUCACGCUUUUAAUGUUACUUGAUCUUACUGAUACUACUUUCUUAAGCUGAAGAGGCUCUAUGUACCUCUAACAAGGAAGAUUUAUCUGGAUUGAACAUCUAAGUCAGAAGCAGACUUUCCCAAGAAAGUCAAAGGACUUAAAGCUUAUAUAUAAUCACCUGAUUUUGCUUCAGUUCUUGGUUAUUAGUGUAUAUUAUUUAUCUUUCGCUGUACUGCUAUACAAGAAUUCACCAUGCUUGUUUAACAAGAAAAGGAAUCUUAAAUUACAACUCAAGUCAAAGUAGGAGGAAAUCUGACUUGCAAGACUGAAUUAUUUGAUUUUACUGCUUUUGUUUUAUACUGAACUUUUAAUACAAAGUAGCAUAUGCAAUAACUCCAUGAACUAAAUUGAAAAUAGAAUUCCCUUGAUUACAAAACAGCAAUAGAAGAGUGAAGAUUUUUGUUUCUGAUGAUAUUCAUGCCACAGAAAAAUGUCAUAAACAAAACAAUGUCUGUUGUCCAGUAUUGGCUUUUACUUACUGUUUGAUAGAGAACAGUGUCUCUUAAUUUGAAGCAUGGCAGUUUUAUGUGGACCAUGGAGAAGUGCAUCUCUUCUCAAAAACUCACUUUUGUGCUGUUUCCUAAAACUUGAAAACAAUGUCUUGAAGUUAAAAUGCAAGUAGUUAGGAUGAAGAGCUUCCUAAACAUGGACAUCAUCACUAUCUCGCCUUAAUUAAGGCUGGUUUCAGAUAAGGUAGUUGAUGUUUAUAAUUAUUAGUUGCUUGAGACAAUAAUGCCUACCAUUGUCAUUA